AUGUCUGUCGCUGACCGUAUUUUCAGCUACUUCGCCCCUGCCGACAACAGCGCGCAAACGAUCAAGGAAGGAUUCUCGGUCUCGAGCCCGGCGGCGGCGGUGUCCUUGGAGGAGGAUAGAUAUGCGGGACAGACGGGAGGGAUUUUGCCGGAUAUCAGAAUCAACAGACAGCCAUUCGGACAGGACAUGAGCCCACAGGAGGAUGAGUCUUUCGAAGAAGAAGGCCGCCCGCCUUACCUCCAUGCCAUGAUUGCUGGAGGUCUCGGCGGGUCGACGGGAGACAUGCUCAUGCACUCCCUGGACACGGUCAAGACACGCCAACAGGGUGACCCGCAUAUCCCGCCAAAGUACACGUCCCUCGGUUCAUCGUACUAUACGAUAUGGAGGCAAGAGGGCAUCAGACGAGGACUCUAUGGCGGAUGGGUGCCGGCCCUGAGCGGUUCGCUUCCGGGCACCAUGCUGUUCUUCGGCACAUACGAAUGGAGCAAGCGGUUUCUUAUCAACCACGGCCUACAACACCACCUGGCCUACCUCACAGCCGGGUUCCUCGGAGAUUUGGCCGGCUCUAUCGUGUAUGUCCCGUCCGAGGUGCUGAAGACGCGCAUGCAGCUACAGGGACGUUACAACAACCCUUAUUUCAAGUCGGGAUACAACUACAGAGGCACCGUUGAUGCCGCGCGGACCAUUGUGCGUCAAGAGGGGCUUCCAGCGCUUUUCCACGGCUACCAAGCGACGCUCUAUCGUGACCUGCCUUUUUCAGCACUCCAGUUCAUGUUCUGGGAACAGUUCCACGCCUGGGCUCGCACAUACAAGCAGAGCAGAGACGUUGGCAUACCGCUGGAGCUCUUGACCGGCGGGCUCGCUGGAAGCUUGGCUGGCGUCAUGACAUGUCCCCUGGACGUCGUCAAGACAAGGCUGCAGACUCAAGUACACCCUGACCUAUUACCGAAAGAGAGCAAACCGGCGGCUAAGAGCGCUGCGAAUGCCUCGACAUCAAAAUCCCAGACGCGCAACAUAUCAACGUCAUCGCCGUCAACGCAUACUCCUCGCCCCGGCGCCGUGAACCUGCAGACCUCGUCUGUCAUCCAGGGUCUCAAGGUCAUAUACCAGACAGAGGGCAUCAGCGGCUGGUUCAGGGGCGUGGGACCCCGUGGUGUAUGGACCUUCAUUCAGAGCGGCACGAUGCUGUUCUUGUACCAACGCAUUCUUAAGCAGUUAGAGAUUUGGAACCCUCCUGUGGAGAACCAGCAGGAGCAUGCCAUUUAA